CAGGAAUCAAAACAACACACGGACACGCCCUCUUCUUCUUCUGCUUCAUGGUGCACCUCGACUGUCAAAAUGGCCCAGACGACGACAGCAAGAAGCACGACGCCGCCGCUGCCCAGCAGAGCUCCAUGAUCAGAUCUGGGUGCGUUGGCGCGGGCCAUUGACGAUGCCAUCGGUUAGAGGGGCGCGUGCAGACGGUCAGCGUUAACGUGUGCGUCGUGUCCUAUAGCGAGAGCGCAGCACCAUCAUGCCGAGCCAGAAGAACAACAAGGGGAAGAGAAAUAAGCGCACUAACAGUAGCGGAGAUGAACAGGAAAAUGGAGCCACCGCAGCAGGAGCAGCAGCAGCAGCAGCAGCGGCAGGAGGAGGAGGAGGAGGAGGAGGAGGAGGAAGCAGCAGCAGCAGCGCUGCGUUAGUAGGAGCUACAGCCGCUCCACAAAGCGGUAAACGAGAGGCGCUGUGUGCCACGCCGCUCGUGUGCAGUUUAAACCGUGCCGUUGACCUUGACAAGGACGACUACCAGCGGGUUCUGUGCAACAGCGAGCACUGUCCAUAUGGCAACUGGAUGCAUCUACAGUGCUUCUAUGAGUGGGAAAGCAGCAUCCUAGUACAGUUCAACUGCAUUGGCCGAGCUCGUAGCUGGAAUGAGAAGCAGUGCAGGCAGAAUAUGUGGACCAAGAAGGGCUAUGACCUGGCCUUUCGCUUCUGCUCGUGUCGCUGUGGCCAGGGCCACUUAAAGAAAGACACUGACUGGUACCAGGUCAAGCGCAUGCAGGAUGAUCGCAAGAAGAAGGUGGUGACCGAGAAAAGUAGUGGGAAGGCCAGCGGAGGGGGUGGCGCUGAGGCCCCAGAGGAGCUGAAGAAAAGCAAGUCUUCUAAUAAAUUGCCUCACCGGGGCUCGAACCAAGACCUCUCACGCCGCCAGUCUGUGGAUCGGCAAAACUCUCAAGAGAGGAGUCACAUUGGCGGCAUUGGGGUGAACCUGGGUGUGCGCUCACCCACUGACUCCCCUGGUCAGUCUCCGCCACUAGGCUUCUCCUUCUUCACACCCCAGUCUGUCAGCGUGCCACGUAGCUCACGGCACCUGGGCGAAUUCCUUAAAAACGCAGUCCACAUGGAUGGAAACCGGAAGCACUUGCUGGUGGGCCAUGUUGCCAGCAGGGGAAGUCUUCAAGCGGAUCACGGGGCGGGCAGUUUGUGUCUGCCCCGCCUUACUCAGGGCGACGGCCCGGUGCAGUUCCUGAAGAGGCUGGACCUCUCCGAGCUGCUGGCCCACAUCCCUCGGCACAAGCUCAACACCUACCACGUGCGCAUGGAGGACGACGCGCAGGCUGGGCAGGGCGAGGACUUGAGGAAGUUUAUCCUCUCUGCUCUCAGUGCCAGCCACCGCAACAUAGUCCACUGCGCCCUGUGCCACCGCAUGCUGCCCAUCUUUGAGCAGUUUCCGCUGGUGGACGGGACGCUCUUUCUCAGCCCCUCAAGACACGACGAGAUCGAGUACGACGUGCCGUGCCACUUACAAGGGAGGCUGAUGCACCUGUAUGCUAUCUGUGUGGACUGUCUGGAGGGGGUGCACAAAAUUGUGUGUAUAAAGUGCAAAUCCCGCUGGGACGGAAGCUGGCACCAGCUGGGUACAAUGUACACCUACGACAUUCUGGCUGCUUCACCUUGUUGUCAGGCCAGACUGAACUGUAAGCACUGUGGGAAGCCUGUGAUCGACGUGCGAGUGGGUAUGCAGUAUUUCUCCGAGUACAGUAACGUGCAGCAGUGUCCACACUGCGGAAAUCUGGACUAUCACUUCGUCAAACCUUUCUCCUCCUUUAAAGUCCUGGAAGCUUAUUGACAAAAGUUCUACAUGCAUGCUAGUUUCCUUUCAUUUAUUUUGUUCCUAGGGAAAUUUAUUUGUCUGAAUUCUUUUUUUUUUUUAAUUCAAAGAAAAUAGAGAGGGAAGUGAUGGCAGUUAAUCAGAGACGAUGGAGACAGUAAGUGCUUCACUGUAUGUUUAUCAGAUCUUUCAUCUGGCAUUUACACGCAGAGCAAGAAUUAUACUGUGACAAGUGAAUGUAUCUGUAUAUGCCAAAUUCACCCUUUUGUACAAAGAACAAAUAAAAUAAAAUGGAUAACA